AUGCCAAGCCCCGUCAACAACAGAGACUCCAACAACAGGUCAUGCCAAGCCCCGUCAACAACAGAGACUCCAACAACAGGUCGUACCAAGCCCCGUCAACAACAGAGACUCCAACAACAGGUCACUCCAAGCCCCGUCAACAACAGAGACUCCAACAACAGGUCGUACCAAGCCCCGUCAACAACAGAGACUCCAACAACAGGUCGUACCAAGCCCCGUCAACAACAGAGACUCCAACAACAGGUCACACCAAGCCCCGUCAACAACAGAGACUCCAACAACAGGUCACACCAAGCCCCGUCAACAACAGAGACGCCAACAACAGGUCGUACCAAGCCCCGUCAACAACAGAGACUCCAACAACAGGUCACACCAAGCCCCGUCAACAACAGAGACGCCAACAACAGGUCACACCAAGCCCCGUCGACAACAGAGACGCCAACAACAGGUCACACCAAGCCCCGUCAACAACAGAGACGCCAACAACAGGUCACACCAAGCCCCGUCGACAACAGAGACGCCAACAACAGGUCACACCAAGCCCCGUCAACAACAGAGACUCCAACAACAGGUCGUACCAAGCCCCGUCAACAACAGAGACUCCAACAACAGGUCGUACCAAGCCCCGUCAACAACAGAGACUCCAACAACAGGUCACACCAAGCCCCGUCAACAACAGAGACUCCAACAACAGGUCACACCAAGCCCCGUCGACAACAGAGACGCCAACAACAGGUCACUCCAAGCCCCGUCAACAACAGAGACUCCAACAACAGGUCGUACCAAGCCCCGUCAACAACAGAGACUCCAACAACAGGUCGUACCAAGCCCCGUCAACAACAGAGACUCCAACACCAGGUCACACCAAGCCCCGUCAACAACAGAGACUCCACCAACAGGUCACACCAAGCCCCGUCAACAACAGAGACUCCAACAACAGGUCACACCAAGCCCCGUCGACAACAGAGACGCCAACAACAGGUCACUCCAAGCCCCGUCAACAACAGAGACGCCAACAACAGGUCGUACCAAGCCCCGUCAACAACAGAGACUCCAACAACAGGUCGUACCAAGCCCCGUCAACAACAGAGACUCCAACACCAGGUCACACCAAGCCCCGUCAACAACAGAGACUCCACCAACAGGUCACACCAAGCCCCGUCAACAACAGAGACGCCAACAACAGGUCACACCAAGCACCGUCAACAACAGAGACGCCAACAACAGGUCACUAAGCACACAGUCAACCCACAUAAAAACAUUAACCACAAUAAUAACACCACGAGAAACGCUCUCAACUUUACAAACCUUGAAACUCCCAGGAAGAUGAGAGGGGCCGGACUGGCACAGUGCCAACAAGGCACUAUAGAGUGCCACCAGUUGACCGGAAUGUACGCAGCUUCGAGGAACUUCGAGGAACUUCAUUCAGGCACUCCCUGA